ACCAGCAACGCCACAAAUGCUACAGACGGCAUAAUUCAGAAGCCAGCGCUGGACCCGAAACUCGUCGGCUUCGAAACCUCCGACGGGCGCUCGUUGCAGUACCAGAUGGGUAGCUCCGACUACUUGUGGCGCUUCCACACACUGCGCACGAUUUGGCAGGGGCGGUCCUUCUUCGGGACGGCGGUUUUGAAAGUCGGAGAUGAACAAGAGCAGAUGGUUCUGUUUGGUGGCGUGAACGGGAAAAAUGAGUAUUUGAACGACGUUUGGACCACCAAGGAUCUGUGGUCGUGGGAGAAGCUCGACUUUCACCGGAUUUGGAAGCCCCGCGCCGCCUUCGCGACGGUGCUUGUGGAGGGGAACAAGAUUUUGCUGCUCGGGGGUCGAGGGGAGGACGGGAAAGUUUUCAAGGAUGUAUGGCUGAUGGAAUUCGAGGGUGUGCGGAACAAGAUUGAAAAAUGCGCUACUUUUCUCGACGACAGUUCUUCUUCUGGCAAGGAUAUAAAAUGCACAGCAACUCCUGUGUCGUCCGAGCUAGCAGCAAAAGAGCUGGACCGCCCUGAGGUAGCGCGACCGCAGCUACAGCCGCGAUGGCGGCGCGUGACCACCCGUGCUCCCUGGGAGGCGAGGUCGGACUUUGCGGUGGCAGUGUUGGAGCAGAAGAGGCAAAUCAUUUUGCAUGGGGGUCGGAACCAGGAGGACGAAGUGCUGGACGAUGUUUGGGUAGCAGACAUCUCUGGAUUGCUGGACACGGAGGCGGAAGAUGUGGCGGAGAAGGGGAAGAAAGAAACAGGAGUGGGUACAAACAAGCCUAAAUCUUCCCAGCAGGAAAAAGAGCAUGUCGCAGCAAUGAAACCAACCGAAAUUUCGUCGAACAGCACGAGUGUCGACGACUUUUGGUCGGCUGACCGUUUGGCCACAUUGGCUGUGGACUACAUCUACGGGCCGUUCUUGCAAGAGUUUGAUCAGGACGGCGCUCUCCUUGGCGCGUGUGGCUGGGAAAGUGGUACUCCGGCUGGCUUUGGUUUUGACGCAGGAGGCAAUGCUGCGGAAGAUGCAUCCGCUUUGCAAGCAGCUGCGAACCAAGACGAAAUAG